GUCGCUUUAUAUGUAUAACAUUUCUUAUUUUUUUUGUCAUCACGCUAUGUGUCUGUAGACGAAUAGUAGGUAUUAUAAAAGCCUUUUUUUCUGUAGUGUUUAAUUAAUCCGAAUUCUUUUACGAUUUGUAUUUUACAUUCGAAGUCUUUCUUCAAACUACAGUUCAACGCAAAUGUCGAGAAUACCAGAAAUUAGGCAAUAUCCAUUGUUAUCUUUGUUUCGUAUAUUUACUUUUGGCUUGUUUUUCGCUUUUUUCAUUAAAUAUGCUUUGGCCAACUUGAAUAUCGAUAAAGUCUUGAACAUUAGACUACCAGACGUGAUUCCCCUUUUUGACAAUAGAAACAGAAACACAGAGGAUUUUCCUGUGAAAGUUUAUGCAAUUGGAGAUAUUCAUGGAGAUUUCCAUAACGCUCUGGACGCUCUUUCUGCCGCUGGAGUUGUGUCUCCAGUGCAUCCUUUUGAAUGGACUGCAGGAAACGCAACCUUGGUCCAAACGGGAGACAUUGUUGAUCGUGGCCCGGAUACCAGAUUUCUUUUCAGAUGGUUUGAUGAAUUAAGCACUCAGGCAGAGCGGCAAGGAGGACGAGUCAUUCGUUUACUUGGAAACCAUGAGUUUAUGAAUGCGAAUGGCGACUGGCGUUAUGUUCAUUAUGGAGACCUAGCUUCGUACCCUGAACCCUCUAUUGAAAACCGUAAAUACGAUUGGGGACCUGAAGGAGAGAUUGGAAAUUUACUCAUAACUAAAUACAACGUGACAUUUAAAGAUGAAACCAGUAGAUCUCAUUUUAUGCAUGCCGGACUGUCCCCAGAAUGGAGUCUUAUGGAGAACUUCGUUAAUCCGAUGGGACAUGAACUUCUGGAGAUGUUUAUGAAAGCUGAAGAGUUACCAGAUGAGCUGAAGGCGUUUUGGGGGAUAAAAGGCCCUAUGUGGUACAGAGGUUAUGCUCAACUUCCUCUAGAACUUGCAUGCGAAGUGGCAUCUAAUGUUACAAAAAGCUUGAAUGUUGAUCGUUUGGUCAUAGGGCACACACCUCAAUUUGAAGGAAUUCGUAGUCGUUGCAAUGGCCAAGUCAUCUUAAUCGAUACGGGCUUGUCUACUGCGUAUUCAGGGGAACGUGCGGUCUUGCGAAUCCUUCGAAAUGACGAAAUGACAGCCGUGGAAGCCAUUUACAGAGACCGUGUUGUUAAACUAUAGCCUGCGCUUUCACUUUGGGCAUUUACUAAGAAAAACACCCAGCUUUUAUUCACCACUUAUUGUUCUCUUCUAUAUGUAAAAAUUUACCACCUGGCACUCUCUUCCUUAUUUAUGUAUGUCACUUUUGAAAAGGAACCUCCCGCUUUACUUUCUAUUAGCUGAUGAAUUGAUUACGUUCUCUAAUUGCAUACUAAUAAUUAUAUGCCUAAUAAAAUUUGUCAUACUCUUAUUUACUCGCAAUUUUUUCUUUUACCUUUUUCCAUUAUACUGUUUAUGUUACUUCAUCAUAGG